AUGGGCUCACAAACGUCAAAAGAACAUCAGCCCACGGUUGAGGAGCCGACAAAGGCCGCUGUUGAGGACGAUGAUGAGCCAGAUGAGUGGGAAAAGAGAAUUUACAGUACCGGGUGCGCAGAGGAAAAUGCAAAGAUGACGGACUGCUAUUUUGAGAAGAAAGACUGGCGAGCUUGCAAGGAAGAGAUAGGGCCGUUUGGCGCCGGGCCCCUCCAUCAACCAAGACUUCUCUUCCAAAAUUUUGACUUCAUCUCGACUUCCUCCCACUCAUCCACUACCAACCCUCCUUCGACCCUCCUUAAGCCACCCAAAAUGUCAUCAUCUCGCGUCCUGCAACAAGCCAGCCGCUCUCUGCAGCGGCUCCGGCCCUUGAGCCAGCCGCAAUCCUCCCUCCUUCUGCAAACCCGCGCCGCGUCGACGACGACUACCUCAACUACAGCACGCGCAACCACCCCGACGAGAUCCUACACAGCCCGUCCGAAGCCAGAAACUCCCGCGGCGAAGGCAGCUCCCGCAACUACCGUCAUAACCCCCGCCCGGACAGCCGCCUCUACAACCUCCAAGUCGACUACCACCACCAACUACAAAUCAGCUACACCUACCAAAACCAACCUCAACACCGGAGUAAUCGACCCGCAAGCCGCGAUCCCGGCGGCUACUACCGUCGCCGAUGUCGACCCAGACCUCGCCGCCGAGAUGGAAGGCGGCAGCACCCCUCCCUCAGCCAGUUUCACCCAAGCGCUGCGGGAAAGCAGCCGAGUGAACAACGGCAGCUACAUGGGACCGGGAGCCGGCACGGUCGAGACGAUCGACUGGUCGUCUUCGUUUCAUGGCCUAGGCACCAUGCCGUUUGAUCCAGAGAUUGCCAAGGUGCUGAUGGCGCCGAUCGAUCCAAUGGAUAUUGAGAUCAAGCCGGACGGGAUUAUUUACCUGCCGGAAAUCAAGUACCGGAGGAUUUUGAACAACGCGUUUGGGCCUGGCGGGUGGGGGCUUGCGCCGAGAGGAGAGUUGGUCGUGGGCGAGAAGGUCGUGACCAGGGAGUAUGCUUUGGUUGUGCAUGGCCGGUUCAUCGCCCAAGCACGAGGCGAAUGUCAAUACUUUUCUGAGGAAACCAUCCCAACGGCUGGAGAGGGCUGCAAGUCGAACGCGCUGCUGCGCUGCUGCAAGGACCUAGGCAUUGCAUCGGAGCUGUGGGACCCGCGGUUCAUUCGGGAGUUCAAGAAGCAAUACUGCCACGAAAUAUGGGUCGAGCAUGUGGUCACCAAGAAGCGCCGGCAGAUCUGGUGCCGCAAGGACGGUGAGCCGGCGUAUCCUUUCCAGGCUGUCAAGCCUAUGGGGCGGUGA